CUCCGGUUUAUCGCGUGAUCUUUCUAACGAUCGUCAAUAUAGUCCAAGUAUUCCGUAUUUUACAUUUCUGUCUCCUUUAAUAUUAUUUUGCUUGAACUAGAACACUUUUUGUCCAUAUGGGGUCGUGAAGAUUGUUAAAUUUUUUUGAAAUCAUGAACUGAUCGAUGUUAUAAUUUUAUUUUAGUUAAUUCUAAUAAGUCAGCCGUUAUUGAGGUAGGGGUACCUUUAGUUUCAUAUCUAGUAUUUUUUAUUGUUUAUACCAUUUUUUAAGUGAUGAAAUUUGACGUUAACACCAAACGCAUCUAUUUAUCAAUAGACAAGCUUGUUUUUUAUCUGCUUAUUCCUAAAGGUUUUCUCUAUGCCGUUUAGUGUUCGCAAGCUAUUUUAGAGUCAGUGGUUACUUAAUUUUAUUUGAGUAAUAUGAUGUUAACUAAUUUCUUUUUCUGAAAAUAAUCGAAUAUUUUUUAUAGACAUGCGUUAAGAGAGAUUGAGAUUCACAAAACGUUACACCAUCCGAGGAUAGUAAAAGUAUUCGAUGUGUUUGAUAUCGAUCAUGAUGCGUAAGUUUAAUUGUCAACUUUCAUAUCUUAACAUUGCAUACACGAAAGCUUAUUCAUUAUCGUUUCCCGUUUUUAUACUAAGAGGAACAUGUAUCCUACAUUCGAUUGAUAGUCACUAUUUCACACAAUCUAAAUUGCGAUGCUGGGUCUCGGUUGGUAAUAAAUUCAAAACAAAGCACAUAAUUUGAUAAAAAAAUUUGUUUAGUGUACAUUAACUCAUACUGGAUUACAAUCACAUUUGGCAUGGGCACUAUUCUACAGAGAAAACCUUGUCAAUUAAUACCACCUACUAAACCAUGAAUCUUGUCCAAUAUAAGGCUUAAGUCAGCUUGACUUCAUAAUGAAGUCGGUAAAUAAUAUUUGGUGUGGGAAAUAUAAUAUGAAAUUUUAAAGUUCAAAUAAAUGUGUAGAUUAUCCUAUUUGAAAUAUUCUUCAUAAAAUAAUAUUUACUUUGUAUAAGCAUUUGAAAUUGAACAUAUUAGCUGAAAGCAGUUCAACUGAAAUCACUGUGAUUUCACGGUUAAGGGGAUCAAAAGCUUUUCCAAAAAAAUUAAAUAAAGUUCUCGUACAACUACCCAAAGCCAGCGUCUACAACACAAAAAAUCGGCAACAAAAUAAGUGAUCAUAAAAAUAUAAAAAUAAUUUCGAAAAUGGAAUGGAGACUGUGGGAUAGUAAUUACUGAUGUAUACAAGAUAUUUAAAAACGUUGAAAAAACCAAAUGUAGAGAAUUAUGGAAUGAUAUUACUUUGAAAAUUUUGGCUUACAUCAACUAAAAUAAUCUGUUGGGAUUCUUCAUCAGACCUCAAGUAGCUUGUGCUAGACUUAAAUAAUUCAUACCUCCAGUUAUUGAUAGUAUAGAUCCGCGGUGUCUUCUGAUUUGCACUUUAUUCAUAUUCCAACUUGCUUUUGUUCUGACCAGCAUCCUACACCUAAGUUGAUGGUAACUGUCUUUGUAUUGUAUUCUAGCCAAUUUUUAAACGUAAUAUGCUCUAUGCAAACGUUCAUCUCCACAUACUCACUUUAUUCACCUUUAAUACAUCACAACUGCUGCUUCAUGAAGGUCUUGUUAUGUUUUCGUGUAAAUAUAUCCUGUGUCAGAUUCACUUGAAUAACACAUCCGAGGUCUAUUUAAGUCAGAAGAUUGUCGUGGUUACUCAGAAAUAUUUAUAAGUAUUUAUCAAGCAUAUAUGUUGUUCUAUAAUUAAUCAUAAUUAGCUCGACUUUAUCUUACAUUCAAGAUCAUAGGACAAAAACAAAAGUCAAUUGUAAACCAGUCAAACGUAAAAAUGAUAGGUGUUCAUCUUGUUGUGCUGAUGAGGUAUGGCAACUUGGGCCGAUGCACAUAUGUGCCUGGUCCUACGUUGUAGCUGACUGACUAACUAAAUACGGCUGUCCAUGUAAAACACUUUACAACCAAAAGAGCAUAGUCAUUUUGUCAAUAAUUAAUUUAACCAAUGAUAUACCAGUAAAGGGGAUGAACCAUGAUUACUAAUAAGUAAUAUAGUCAUAAAAUAAGAAUUUCACACUGGUUUAUUUAAAUGAUCAACUUUUAACUGUGGUUCUAACUAUUAUCCACUCUCUGUAUUUUACUUAAGAACUGAGGUUCUAUAAAAAAUAUUAAUACUAGUAGUCUCAGAGUUCGGGUCAUGUACAUAAUUUCCAUUCUCCAUUGAUUGAUCACUGAGUAGUGACCGAUUUCAUAUACCUCAAAUUCUUAGUGUUGAUCGGAUCCUAUCGAUCAAGUUGCGAUAUAGCCACUAGUCUAAGUGACGACUUCUUGUGCAAUAUAUUAAGAUGCAAGAUGAUGGUUAGAAGUAGUCUUCAAGAAACUCUGAACAUAGGUUUCGUGCUACAUCUCAACAUAAUGUACACGAUCUCGAGUCACGCAGACUAGUGGUACACUACAAAUUGGUUGAUAGAAUCCGAUCACCAAGAUGGACUUGAGAUACAUGAACUUGGUCACUACUCAAUAAUCUAUCAAAUGGUUAUUGCAUCUCAGUCCUACAGGUCAGUCGUGGCCCAAACAGCUAGGUGGUAACGUCUCUGACUGUAAAGCUGGGUGACACGGGGUCAAAUCUUACAGGUAGCAUUAGAUACACUUUGCUAACGAGUGCCAUAUGUCACAAAACUUACGCUCAGGGUUUCUUGUUGACUAACUCUGACCAUUACCUUAUGAUUUUCAUUCAUCUCGCGUUCAGUAUACAAAUAUGUCAUUCAGUUUGCUUAUUCCUGAAAUCAUCACAUAUUCUUAGACUCUCUUUCGUAUAUUUUUGGUUCUGUAGAUUUUGUACUGUACUUGAAUACAGCGAAGGUAAUGACUUGGAUUUCUUUCUUAAACAAAACAAAAGUAUUCCGGAACGUGAAGCCAAGUCGAUUAUAUGCCAAGUGGUUUCUGCUUUGAAAUAUUUAAAUGAACGUAAACCUCCAGUAAUUCAUUAUGACUUGAAACCAGGUAAUAUUUUACUGGGUUCCGGCCAAGUUGCUGGUGAAAUCAAAAUCACGGAUUUUGGUUUAAGUAAACUUAUGACAGAAGAUAAAUACAAUCCAGAGACUGGAAUGGAUUUAACCUCCCAAGGAGCAGGCACUUAUUGGUACUUACCACCGGAAUGUUUUGAGACAGGGCGGGAACCUCCAAAAAUAUCUUCAAAAGUGGAUAUAUGGUCUGUUGGUGUAAUUUUCUUUCAGUGUUUGUUUGGAAAAAAACCAUUCGGUCAUAAUAUGUCCCAAGCUGAUAUUUUGCACGAAAAUACAAUUCUCCAUGCACGAUCCAUUGUAUUCCCUUCCACUACAAAAGUUAGCGACGGCGCAAAAGAAUUUAUUCGAAAGUGUUGUACGUAUAGAAAAGAUCUCCGACCGGAUGUCUUUCAACUUAGCAACGAUGAUUAUCUUAAGCCUAAAGCUCAACUCAAACAUUAUCUCGAUACAUCUACACUCCCUGGUCCUGUCGGUGUCCCACUAAAUAUUGCUACUCCCCCGCCUUCAACUUGUAUUGAUCCCUCAAUCCCCACUCCUGGUAGCAACCAGUGUAUAAUAUCUGGAUUUCCAACAAACAAUCCUGGAAAUUGCGCUGCCCAACCUCACCCACAACAUAUCCUUCAACAUCAACAGCAGGCCACAUCUUUCUCCGUGCUACAGAAUCAGGAAGCUACUCCAUCAUCACAACCUUCAACCUUGCCACCACCAAAUCAGACAGAUUUUAUAACAAGACGUUGUAUUAGUUAAGCAAUAACUGAACGUUAUAAAGCGAAUAUUACACUUCAUCUUUGUUUAACUAAUACAACGUCUUACCAUAAAAGUUUUCUGAUUUGUGAGAAUAUCGCGUCAUUUCAUCGCAAUAUUAGCGAUCAGCGAUGCUGCUCCUUGUAAUAGUUUAGACUAUGAUCAUUGCUCUCUGUCCCUGCGUGUGUAUUAUCAAUUUCUUUUCAAUGUUGAAGCGUAAUAGUCUUUCAUAUUCCCAAUAAGAAAGAUUAUCCUGGAAAUCUUAGUAGAAUAAACCGCUUUUGUCUCUAACCUAUGCGUGAUGUUUCAAUAGUAUUUGAAAUGAAGUUUCAUAAUAAUAUCUGUGUUCGAUACCAUAUGUUUGAUUAUAACAAGUAAUUACAAGCACAAGAUCUGCAAUAUCUCUACAACUUCCCGUAUUAUAUUCAUUCAACUUGUAAAUAAAAAAAUUUGUAUUAAAAAAUCUUAAACACUAACUAGCUGUUAUUUAUCUUCAUUCACAAGUGCUUUCAAGCAAUUUGGCGUUUUUGACAUUUUUUUCUCAUCUUAUGUUAUACUUGAUGUAUGAAUCCGAUUGUAGUCGUUUAUUCAAAGGACAAAAGGUACAGAAUAUGUCAAUCGCUGUGAUGGUGUUGGUGAAUCUUUCUUUAUUAUGCAAUAGUUAGCUCUGUUAUAGGUUUCAAGCUCUUUAUAGAAAUGAUUGAGUACAUGUACGAACUUAACGUACGUAAUAAUUGGGUUUAAAUAGUUUUGAAAGAUGAAGAUUUGUUACAGUAUUUACACAGUUAUAAAGCAGUUGCUUUAGAAGUUACUUCUAAUUUUUUAUGUAUGGCGAAUGAACGGAAGGCGUACGUCGAUUUCAGUGUAUACUUUUCCGUUUCGAUAAUUCCCAUUCUUUUUUUUUACUGUAUUGACCGAUACAAAUUUAAGUUACAUUGACAUCAAAUGAUCGUGUUUUGCAAUAUGAUCACAUUGAAGUACAUUGUACCAAAAAGUUAACUGACUAAUUCCAAAACCACCAAAUGUGUGGAGAAAAUGUAGAGAACUGAUAACCUAAUUCGUUGCAUUUCGAUCAAAUGAAUGUUAAUGUAAAAAUGUUGGCGCUGGUGACUAAUAACCUUUGUUCUGCGCUACAGGAAUAUUAGUAAAGUUCCGGUUCCAAUAAUUACCCCUUUUAACUUAUAAAGAAACCAUAACCUUUUACUAGGGUAUUUUGUAAGCUGUUAGAAACAGUGGCUUAAUGAUUAAAGCCUUCUUUCAACCUAUAAUUCGCUGGUUCGGACUCUUCUCCACUUAUGUCAAUUUGGACAGCUGACAACCCUCACAUUUAAAGUAAGGCUUAAAUCUGAGUACACAAUCUUAUAUAUGAGUUUCAUCCCGACGAAUUACGCGGAGGAAUUGGAAUUUAUUCUCGAAUGGAAUCUAACACAGUUAAUCGUACCAAUCGGUUUGUCUAAAAGAAUGAAGAUUUGACUCGUAUAGUUGAUACCAGUACGGAAUUACUCGUACAUUUAUUUGUAGUUUUAUCAGGAUCUCAGUCGGCUAUGUUUCAAUAUUUUAAACCUUUCACACGACCAAUUUUCGAUAAAUUGUUGAAUAAACUUGUUGAAAACAAUCUGUUAUUUUCAGAAAGUUAAUUGAUCCUUUUUCUAAACCAAUAAAGUGGACUAAUAGCAUAAGUAAAAGGGAAUCCAAAGCUGAUUAAUUCUUAAGGGAUAUAUUUGUAUUCACAUCCGAAUACCAGGUUCUCUGGUGUUUAUGACUGAUAAAUAGUCAAAGUCAUACUGUUUACACAAAUCCGAAUUCGUUCCAGAAAGUUUGUAACUGCUCAUUAUUCUGAUUUGGCUGCCCAUUCACUUUCAGAUCAUAUAGGUUUUUCCUGGUUCUUUAAUUAUCCUAAAGUUAUUACUUUGAAAAAAAGAUCAUUUAUUACGAUGGAAACUGAUGUAAAGAAUCUUGUCGCGAAUGUAUGAUACAGCAGAUUCUGAUAAUGAACUUUGAAGUAUAAAAUGCUUCUCUCAAGACUCAAGAAAUUCUUACACCACUAAAAAGAUAUAUUCAAAUCUUGGACAAAAAUGUCCCAUACUAUCAUGAUUCUCAAUGGUACUAGUUUUAGAAUAAUCAAGAUAGCUAAAUCUGCUUAACUGAACAAUUCGGGGUAAUUCUUCAUGCUAUGAAUAUGGAGAACUAGUCGAUCUGAUCGAUAUCGUGAUUCUAUCUAACCUUAAACUGGAGUCAAUUAUAAUCUCAAUGAAAUCGGAACAUAAAUUCAUUUGUAAAUAAAUAUGAAUUACAAUCUGUUGGGAUAUUCAGGAAAAUAUCCCGAAAAUUAUCCUGUUAAGCCUGAUGCUAUCCUUGGACAUGAAAUGGUAUCAUCUUAUUGGUCAAUAUUUAUUUAACGUGUCAUUUUCCUACUGGCCAUUAUUGUACAAUGUUAUUUUCUAUUUUAUGGUACGUUGUGGUCUGCUUGACUGGUAUAUAAACAAAGUAUGUUUGAAAUAUAAUGAUUCAUAUAUCCGAGGCUGUGACUUAUGUUCUGGACUUAACUGGCUGGGUUAGACAGGGAAGCGGGACCAAUCAGAACCCUAGGCCGUUCUACGUGUUUGUGCGUCUUUGGUCCGAUCAAUAAUUCGCUACCCCUUAAUCAGCAGCAUUAUUUUUCACAGUUAUAACACAAUCAUUCAAAUAGUCAUUGAAUAUAGGCUUCAAUAUGAUUAAUAUUAGAGCUUGGAUUAUGAUAAGGCCAGGUGAUAGGUUUUGAUUGUCGAUAAAUGAGUAUGGAGUAUUUAUUGGUAAAUAUGGAUAGUGAAUAUUGUCGAGUUUCUUAAGAUUUAGAUUAAGUUAAUGCCUUAAGAAAAUGAAAGCAUUAGAAUGUAAUGGGGAUCGAGAAGAAUUUUAAAAGAGGGUAUCUAUAAAAUGAUCUAGGUUUAGUGGGGAAUACAGAAAGAUUAGAGAAGAUUCUUAUAAAUGUUAAGCCUGACAUUCGUUUCUGAGUCAAUUCAAGUCGACCAUAAAUUUCUCAUUUCAAUUGUUCCAUCGUGCUAAACUUAACUGCAAGUAUUCGCUAGGUAUUGUAGUUAGUUUAUUUGCGCAAUAAAUACAUGGUAAGUUAUAAUUAGUAAGAUGUAGUCAACAGAUGAUUUGUGAAACUAGAACAGUAUGGAUAAAAUACAAAGUCGCAAACAAAUUGUUACCCAUUAGCAUUACAUCUAAACAUAUUCAUCCCCAAUCAUCCACUCCACAGUAUUAGGAAAAAAAAUCAAAGCUUUUUCGCUGGCUGUCAUCAGUAAAUCAUUAAGAUUUAAGUCGUUACUUUCAGAGGUUGAGCUAGAUGAAUGAAUAGCUUUCUGUAAAUAUUGUGCUAUUGAAAGGUGCACCAAAGUAGUACUAACUAAAAUUACUUUAGCGUAACAAGAAAAUUUAUAUGAAUUGUGAAAAAGGUUCCGUCAACUUUACAAUCCAAUAAUCAUUUACGUCUUAAGCGAAUUUAAAUCAUGUUUAUCUUAAUUAUGCUGUAAACAAGUAUGUCAUCAGUAAGCCACACUAUUCGCAUCAAAUCAAGGGUUUUGGAUUUUACUACCAGUCAUAGUUCAAAUAUAAUGAAAACUGAUCAAAGGAUAAGAUAAAAAAUAAUCCACUGAUGGCACAACAUAUAACAACGAAGAUAAAUUAAUUAGUCUCUAAUAGAAACAACGAGAAAGUAUUUUUUUAAAUAAAAUUAUGUUCAGGAUCUUUUUCAAACUGUCCUAUAUUGUUUCAUUCAACACUUAGAUAUAUACAGUGACUGAUGUAAUAAUUAAAAUCUGUUCAGUAACUGAAUUUUGCAGAUUGAAUCAUACAGCUUGACUUUGGUACCAUUUGCUAGAAGAAAUCCAGGUUGUCUGGUUCCUUGUGAAUAUGCGUUAUUUCUUUCUUGCAACGAUAAUUAUAGGUACAAUUUUCUCUGCAUGAUGUUUGUUAACUUUUCUGAAUCACGGUCAUGUUUAUUGAUUUCACAGAGACUUGUUUCACUUUGAUUCUGUCUUUGUAAACAUCAAAUUGCCUUCUGCACUUCUAAUAUCUUAUUCGGUUACAUCUUUGGGGAUUAUCGCUGAAGAGGUGCGUAUCAGUUACUGCCUUUUCGAGUUCCCAAUAGUCUAUCCUCGUUAGAACUUUCUUCACCGUUUGUAUUCUUAGUUACGAUAGACCAAAUCGAACUAAACCUUAAGAUAAAACAAAAAAAGUCAUGUUAUAAAGUCUAUCAGGAUUGUGUUGUUUUCUGUCAGUUAUCAACACCAUAGAACGUACAACAUUUUUAUAGAUCUAGUGACAUGAUUUAUCUGGUUUGCUCGUUAAUUCCUAAUAAUUGUUUAGGUAUUUGAUAAUAAGGUGGUGUUAAAACAGAAGUGGCUAUUUGGACACGGGAAUAAGAAAAUUUUCCGUGGCUGAUUUACAUCUGUAGAAUCACUGAAAUUCAGUGUUGUCAGAAGUCUUCAAUAAUUCCUUGGAAGAGUCAGAAAAAAUUCUGAAAUUACUUCGACCAGUUAAUGCUCUUAGGAAACUGUUAAUAGAAAUCUUUACGAUGUUUUAUUGUUCUUUUCUUACCCCGAUCAGACAACUACCUAUUUUAGCAUACUUUCGGACAGCUUCUAAGAUCUUACUAUCAUGUGAGGUCCUAUAAAUACCUUUGUAUUUUGUAUAUAAUCGAAUAUCGAAAUACAGAAUCUUGUAAAUAUGUAUAAUCGGUGGCAAACCUGGCCUAAAUACUAACAUCGAAGUAUUCAUUGUCAAACAACGAUUCUUGAAAAGAACGAAUAAUUCUUAAAGUAUUAACAAUGAUAAAUUAAUCUUCAGAUGAAAUUACUACGGUACCCACUAAUGAAAUUAAAUUCUAGAAGGGUAAAUAGUUUAUUACAACUAACCCGCAAACGGUAAAUCAUAAUAAUAAAUAACAUUUACCAUUAUUCCAAUAUCUUAAUAAGUAUAUAAUGUUGAUCCUACAUUAAAUGUGGAUUAAGCAGCUAGAUAUGAUAAUGCAUGUUGAUACCCUUAUUUGAUUAAAAUGAAUUCUUGUAAACUCAUUUUGUUUGUUCAACUAAUUUGAAAUAAUGAUGUGAAAAUUUAUAUCAUUUACAUGUCUAUCCCUCUAUCAAUCGAAAAAGGUUACCAAUUAACAUGCUUAUUUAACCAAUCAUAAUUAUUCACUUUAUUAUCUGAGUAUAUAUAUGAUGAUUAAAGCAUUAGUGGACUGGUAAAUACCAGUCAAUUGUGAAGUGGUUCUUUUACUCCAUGGAAGAAACACAACUAUCUAAUGACUUUAAUUUUACAUCGAAAACUAUCACAACUGAAGUUGUUGAUGAAUAUGGCAGUUCCAUCGUUUCAACUAUUAAAACAAAAAAACGUCGUUCUGGAAAAUAUUGUUUACAUUAUUUAAAAAUAAUCCUCAAAAAUAUUGGCUUAACUCUAUUAUUAAUUGCAUACCUAUGUGCUGGAGGUUUUAUAUUUCGAUCACUUGAAAUAUACAAUGAAGCGCAAGAUUGUUUUCAACGUCAGAGUAGUUAUUUGAAGAAACUCAAUUCAACUACACUCAGGGUCAUUGGCACGAUAAAAUCAAUUGAUUCUGGUAAUGUGGAUAAUACACAGACAUUAGAUGAAGUUAUUCUGAGUAUGCUGAAUGAUUAUGCAAAUGAUUUAUUUGCGUUAGACGUGAAACCAUCAACAAAUUGUACAGCUAUAUUGGAUACAUCAGAUGGUUCAAAAUGGAAUUUAGUUAAUUCAAUUUUUUUCUGUGUAACGGUAAUAACAACUAUAGGCUAUGGACAUAUUGCACCAGUUACAUUUUGGGGCCGAAUAACCUGCAUUAUUUAUGCUAUCAUUGGUAUACCAUUAAUGCUGAUCUAUCUAGCUAUUAUUGGUAAUUUACUUGCACGAGGGUUUCGUUUGAUCUUCUUAAAUUUGGUUUGUUGUCGAUGUUUCUAUGACAUAAUAAGACGUAAACGUGAACGACGUAGAAAACGUAUGCGUCAGUGGGAAGAAAGUCUUCGUGAACAUGAAGAAGAAGAGGCUAGACGAAGAGGAUUACCAUUACCUCCGAAAAAGGUUCAGUCGAAUACCCAAGAUGAUUAUGAUGACGAUUAUGAAAGUGACGACGAAGAUGAGAACGCUGAAGAGGAUAAACUACAUGUUCCAUUGACAGUCAGUGUUAUUGUCCUAUCUAUAUAUACAUUAAUUGGUGCUGUGAUAUUUCCAGCAUGGGAAGAUUGGUCAACAGCUAAUGCUGCUUACUUCUCAUUUAUUACAAUAUCAACAAUUGGAUUCGGUGAUUUAGUUCCAGGGAAUGGAAGAUUUACUGAGCCUAAAACUGCAACUGAACUACUUGUCGGUGGUUUAUAUUUACUAUUUGGAUUAGCUUUAUUAUCAAUGUGUUUAAAUUUAAUGAAAGAUGAAAUUAUCGCCAAAGUUCAUUAUAUUUGUACUUGUAUUGGUUUGAAAAACAAUAUAGCACACAAUGAUGAUAAUGAUGGUGAUGAAAAUCAUUUAAACAAUAUUAAUCAACAAUUAUUUAAUCAACUUGUAAAACAAAAAGAAUCAUCUACAAUCAUAACACAUAAUGAUAAAAAUAAUGAACAGCUGAACAAAGAAACAGCACAAUUAAUAACCACAUCAAGAAAGACCGAACAAUCUGAUAAUUAUCAAACAAAGGAAUAUGAUAAUGAAGCAUUUCAGAAAGACAGAUAAAUCAGCUUUUUAAAUAAAAUUUUUAAAAAAGUAACUAAACAAGUGGGUAAACAAGUUUAUUCAGUGAUUUCCUUAUUUUUAUCAUGUAAAAUCUAAUCAUAUGCUAUUUGAAAAAUAAACCCUAUUGACCGAUACAUAUUUAAACAAACUAUAUACAUGACAACAAGUUCUCUUUAUGAAUUGAUUAAUGUUAAUUGUUGUUCUGGCUUUACUCACAUUCACAAAAAAAAGAAAAGAUUGUAUGAAAAUGCUACUUACAAACAUAAUAUUAUUUUCCUUCAAUGUUUUUUACAGAUUUAUCAUGAAAGUGUUGUUGUUAUCGUCUAAAGUUAUUUUGCCGCAUGCUUCAAUUUUGUGUUUGUUUCCAUAUAUCU